AUGGCAUUGGUGUCUCCGUGCCCCAGUAGUGUGCUUGCCACAGGAUCCCGGUGCCCAGCGCCGCGCACUGCAGACACGCAGAAUGGCGCACACUGGGAGGGACUGGCGCCACCACUGCUGGGCGUGCUGCCUGUGCUGGCAGCCGGUGCAGUGCGGCAAAGGCUGCGAGGGAGACGCUGGCGGCCUGUCCUCAGGGCAGCCAAUGUUGAUGUGGAGGAAGGGGAGAAGGUUGUUGGCAUCGAUUUGGGUACGACCAACUCGGCCGUGGCUGCGCUUGAGGCUGGCAAAGCAACAGUGAUUCCUGCGGCCGACGGUGCCCGAACCACCCCAAGUGUGAUAGCCUAUACAAAGACAGGUGAGACCUUGGUUGGACAGAAAGCAAAGCGACAAGCGGCAGUGAAUCCGGCCAACACGUUCUAUUCCGUCAAGCGCUUCAUUGGGCGGCUACGGAAUGAGGUAGACGAGGAGGCCUCUGAGGUCUCCUACAGCAUCGUGAGUGAGGAGGAACAGGCUGAGGGUGUCCUCGGCGUGCGCUUAGAUUGCCCCCACCUUGAAAAGCAACUUUCACCUGAAGAAAUCUCAGCGCAAGUGCUGCGCGCACUUGCAGGCGAUGCGUCCAAAUACCUGCAAGCUGACGUUAAGAAGGCCGUUGUAACAGUGCCGGCGUAUUUCAACGACUCCCAAAGACAGGCCACGAAGGAUGCCGGUGCCAUUGCUGGGCUUGAGGUCCUCCGGAUUGUCAAUGAGCCCACAGCUGCUUCAUUGGCAUAUGGACUGGAGAAGCGUGACAAUGAGACCAUCCUGGUUUUUGACCUUGGCGGCGGAACCUUCGACGUGUCCGUGCUCGUUGUUGGCGGUGGCGUUUGUGAAGUCCUGGCAACAAGUGGCGACACCAAGCUUGGCGGAGAUAACUUCGACAAGUGCAUCGUAGAUUGGCUGGCUCAUCGUUUUGCGUCCCGCACCUUGAUCGAUCUUCGACUGGAUCCCCAGAGCCUGCAGCGGCUCACUGAGGCAGCUGAGAAGGCCAAGAUCGAGCUUUCCGGAGUAGAGACUACAACGAUCUCCCUGCCCUUCAUCAUAAUGGACGAUGACGGGUCACCUCUCCACAUAGAGGAGGAGCUGACGCGUAGCGAGUUCGAGGGGCUUUGCUCGAAGCUCUUGGAGCGGCUGAAAGAGCCUGUGGAGAAGGCCUUGAAGGAUUCAGACCUCAGCUAUGAAGACCUGGAUGAAGUUGUGCUGGUGGGCGGUUCGACACGCAUUGGGGCAGUGCAGGAACUGGUUCGAUCGCUUAUGGGAGGCAAGGAGCUGAACCAAAGCGUCAAUCCGGAUGAGGUGGUUGCCAUGGGAGCGGCAGUCCAGGCCGGUGUGUUGGCCGGGGAGGUAAAGGAUCUCGUUCUUUUGGAUGUGGUUCCUCUAUCCCUAUCAGUGGCAACCCAUGAUGGUCUCAGCUCCGUGUUCCUUCCACGAAACACUCGGGUGCCAGCGAAGAAGACAAAGGUCUUCUCCACAGCCACUGACAAUCAGCCUCGAGUCACUGUGGAAGUUGUUCAAGGUGAAUUCCGAAAAGCCGACGACAACAAGCAGCUGGGAGUCUUCCUUCUUGAUGGUAUUCCACCUUCUCCGGCUGGCAUACCCCAAAUUGAGGUGACAUUCGAUGUGGACAGCAAUGGGAUUCUCAGUGUCAGUGCCUACGACAGGGCCACCCGCAAGGAGACCAAAGUGACCAUUUCGGGAGCUUCAACGCUGGCCCCGGAAGAUGUCCAGGACAAAGUGGCGGAGGCUGAGAAAAAGGCUGCAGAAGAAGCAUACUAUGAGGGAGUAGUCAUGGUGAAAAAUGAUGCAGAGUCUGCUGCAUACGCGGUGGAGAGGUUGCUCAGGGACCAACGCCAAAAGUUGAAGCCGGCAAAAGUGGAGGUGCUGGAGUCGAAGCUGCUACUUGCGAGGGAUCUGCUCGACAAGGAGCCGCUGGACACCGAUCUCCUGAAGCAAGUCACCGAGGAUCUCCGUGAAGAAGUUCGGAACAUCCUCAAGCGCAAGGUGGAGGAGGAGUACGACGUGGAGCAGGGCUUCGUGUCGCCCACCGACCCGGACAAGGAGCGCAAGCGCGCUUCUCUGUAG